GCUGUGUGCUGCAGUAGCCUACUGAGCAGAGGACUGAAAGAGGAACACAAAUGGAGAACAAAGUGGAAAAGAGGGAACAGUGGACGAGGAAAAGGGAAUAUAUUCUGGCAGCAGCAGGCAAUGUGGUGGGCCUGGGCAAUGUGUGGAGAUUCCCCUACCUAUGCUAUAAGAACGGAGGAGGUGCCUUUCUGGUGCCGUAUUGUUUCUUUGCCCUGCUGUGUGGCGUGCCGCUUUACCUGAUGGAGACCGCGAUUGGUCAGUACACACAAGAGGGCGCCAUGACCUGCUGGAGCAAGCUCUGCCCCCUGGCACAGGGUACUGGCUAUUCUUAUAUAGUGAUCCAACUUUAUGCCCGAGUCUACACCAUUAUCCUGGCUUGGGCCCUCCUCUACCUCAUCUAUUGCUUCAGAGACCCUCUGCCCUGGGCCACCUGCAACAAUCCCUGGAACACAGACAGAUGUGUGGACCUCACCUCCUUAAACUCUACUCAAACACACAGAGGCAACCAGUCAGUAAACUGGACAUCUGGAAAUCUCACCAAGUCUUCAGUCUCUGAGUUCUGGGAGAGAGGCGUGUUGUCUAUGUCUGGGGGAAUAGAGGAGUUGGGUGGAGUGCAGUGGGAGGUGCUGCUGUGUCUCCUGGCUGUCUGGGUCGUUUGCUACUUCUGCGUUUGGAAAGGGGUCCGUUCCACAGGGAAGGUGGUGUAUUUCACGGCUGUGUUCCCCUAUGUGAUGCUGGCCAUCUUGCUGGUCAGGGGGUUGACGCUGCCGGGGGCCUGGCAGGGUGUGGUCUACUACCUGUAUCCAGAUCCUUCUCGCCUGGCGGACCUUCAGGUGUGGAUGGAGGCUUGUGCCCAGGUCCUCUUCUCCUAUGGUGUCGCAUCAGGAACCCAUAUCACAUUGAGCAGCUACAACAAAGUCACAAACAACUGUUACAGGGACAGUGUGUGGUUAUGUGUGCUCAAUAGUUGCACCAGCUUAGUUUCCGGGUUUGCAGUCUUCUCAUGUCUCGGAUUCAUGGCCGAAAAACAGGGCAUUCCCAUCGAAAAGGUCGUCACAUCAGGCCCGGGGCUAGCAUUCAUCGCUUUUCCUCAGGCUGUUGCCAUGAUGCCCGUGCCUCAGCUGUGGGCCGCCUGCUUCUUCAUUAUGCUCAUUCUGUUGGGACUGGACACUGUGUUUACAGGUUUGGAAACGUUAACAUCAUCAAUGAUUGACAUGUUCCCUGGACAGAUGCGCAGACCUUGGCGCAGAGAAAUUCUCCUCGUAGUCUUCAGCUCUUUCACCUUCCUGUUACAGAUCACUCUCACCACACAGGGAGGAGUAUACCAGUUUGAGCUGAUUGAUUACUAUGGUGCCAAUGGGAUAUGUCUGCUAUUUGUGUCUUUGGUCCAGUGUGUGGCUGUUGGCUGGGCCUUCGGGGCUGAGAGGAUAUGUGAUGCACUUGAAGACAUGACGGGACAGAGGCCGGGGGUCUUCUACACUGUGUGCUGGCGUUACGUCACCCCUCUGAUCUGCACUGUUUGCUUCAUCGGCUUCUUUCUGGAUUUCCAGCCUCUGAAAACAAGCGACGGCUCUGUGUACCCAAACUGGGCCUACAACCUGGGCUGGGCCAUAGCCAUCUCCUCUGUGGUCACAAUACCCAUCUGGGCUGUCAGCAAGAUCUACUUCACAGAGGGCUCUUUCAGACAACGUCUGUUGGUGCUGUGGCGUCCUGUUAGUGAUCCUGUUGGUCCCAAAACAAAAGAAGAACGUUCCCUGAAUGAGACAGAAAUGAAGUCGUUGUCCGCCCCUUUCCCUGACAUGUUAUGAGUCAGUAUAGUAUGCAGGGGCGGACAGGCCCACCUCGGUACCGCAAGUAAAUACCGUUAGUAAAUUGUCGACAGGGGGACGGACGGGGGACGGGGGUGCUAGUGACUUAUCUGACCGGCCCACAUCAUCCGACUGGCACACUUCAGUACCGGCCCUGAUAGUAUGUAUCGAUGAUGGAUGUCUGUUAAAGAAGACAACAUUUGAGUCUCUUAAGUCACCAUGUGGAGUUUACAUUCACUCUUUCAUAGCAAAAUACAUAGUUUGUAUUUUGAUGCCUAUUAAACGUGUCCAUUUACUAACCUCAUAAGAUUUUGUAGUUGGGUGCUGACAUUCUUCCUCAUGCCUUUAAUUGGCAUACGUGACUUAAAUGAUCCUGCUACCAGUUGUGUGAAGCAGUGUAAAACCAGCAGAAGGAAUCUUUAUCUUGCUUACUAACAACAAGUUUGGGCCUUUUCUAGGCAUUUUAUGACAAUUGGAGUGUGAUUGGUUGGUAGUAGUUGGGUUCUGGCAAGCUGGGUUUCUUAAGUGCUGGAGUGAAGGAUGGGAGAGAACCGUAGCACAACCUUUGAGAACCCUAUCCUCGAUGCCAAUGAGGAAAACUCUAUCCACAUUGUCUCAUGUGGUCUCCCUUCAAGGAUUGAUUUCAACAUGGGCACACUACUUAUUGACUUUAUCUGGUUCAAACGCUUAUGUCUUAGUUCUUCUGGUUUAGCACUAGCAGCAUUAAAACAAUAGAUUUGAUUAGAGAUCAUUUACAGCUACUCUGCGAUGAUUGCAUGGUUUUUCAGUUCGACAUCCAUCCUCUGUUAGUGACUGGCGGAUGAUGCAUGACAACGGCCCAAAAUCUGUUUAGAGUCUUGUGUUAUAGACGGCACCUGCUAUGAGGAACUAUGAAAAGUACCGAAACAUAUCAGCAGGGAACGUUUUCUAUUUAGCUUGUGAACAUAAUCUAUCUCUCUAUCCAUCCGUCCGUCUGACUCUCUAUCUAUCUAUCUAUCUAUCUAUAUAUAUAUAUAUAUCUGUAAAUAAAGCUAGCCAACGUACACUAUAUCUAUCUAGUUAGCUAGCUUACCUUGGCUACCCAUCAAGCUAGCUAGCGAAUGUUAGCUAGCUGGCAAACGCCAAAUUGGUGGCUCUCGUAAUUUAAAUUGAAGUUAUACCUGAGAGCCGGCGAAGCAUAAGGAGAAUAAAAUCAAUAACAGACUUGUUUUACAUGAACUACGAUGGCACUCAGAAGUGCCGACCCAUGUCUAAAAAUGUUAAACAAAGCGAAGUGUAUAUUGUGUUUUAGCCUUGUGAUUCAGACCAGGACGAACAUGCAACUCCACCAAGUUCCGUCCUUUUUACAACUUCACAAACAAAAACAAACAAAUAUUUACAACAGCAACAACCGGAACCAAUUUUAGACCUUGGUUUUACAAAUAUUAUAUAUUGUUUUUUAUGUCCACCUGUGGAUCAUUAUGAGCGCAUUGAUUGCGUGAGUGCAUGCCUGUGGUUUUCUACUAAUGUUGCAUACUACCGACCAAUCAGCCUCAUAGUCUUUGUGCUCAUUUAUGACUUUAUGCUUAGAAAUUACAAGGGUUGCUGUGAUUUACAACAUUUGAAUAACGUUUUUGUUGACUGAAUGAUGUCGCCACUGACUACUGACUUUUUUUUGGUUGAUUUGUUUCAUUGCGACAGUUUAUUUUCAUUUUGGGAUGAUUAAAAUAUAUAUUUUUGGGGGAUGGAUGUGUAACAGUUACGAGUCGUACUAAGAGCACUUACCUAGUUGUUUAUUUUAGUAGUAUACACAUAAUAAGCGUUCUGGCACGUUGUUAUAUGCACAUACACAUACUGAAUGGUCUCACAGAAUGUUAUGCUUCAAUGCUCUCAUCUGGAAAGAAAUAUAUAUAAGCAUACACGUCUAUGUGUUUUGAAUUAUUAGUUUUAUAAUGGUGAGGUUGAGAAUGUCCUGUGUAAAUAAAUAUUUUUGAUUCAA